AUGGCAGGUAAGGCACGGCGGCUGAUGGGCAGUGAGCAAGCUGGGAUGCCAGGCUCUGUGGGGCUGUGAGCUGUGAGCUGUGUCGGGUUCCUUUAGAGCAAGGCAGGGAGGUGAGCUGUGAGUGAUGGGUGGCAUGGGGUCCCUGCAGGGUGAGCUGGCACUAAUGAUCUCAGCAUGGUUAUAUGAAUGGCAUCUGGGGGGCAUGGAAGCUGAGGGUGCAGAGAGAGCUGUGUUGGUCUCCAGCACAAAUUUAGGCACAGUGAAGCAAAGUAUAUAGGUGUUGGUUUUUAUACACAUGUGGGCAGGAUAUGAACCAUGCAAUAUUUAAUGGCUAUUGUUAUGGCAUUCUGGGUACCAUUUUUAUACCGAAAGGUUAAAGGUCUGUAAUCCAGUUUAGACACAUUAUGGUGUGGGAUGCAGUAUUGCGUUUUUAAUGUAUCCUUCCUGGUAAAAUAUUUUAUAAAUAAAUAAAAUAAACAGUGGUGUAGGAUGCAGCAUGCGUCUUUGGCACCCUGUGGCGUGCGAUGCAGCGCGCCGUUUUGGCACCCUGUGGCGUGUGAUGCAGCGCGCCGUUUUGGCACCCUGUGGCGUGUGAUGCAGCGCGCCCUUUUGGCACCCUGUGGCCUGGGAUGCAGCGCGCCAUUUUGCUACAAUGCACCCUGUGGCGUGGGAUGCAAUAUGCCGUUUUGGCACCCUGUGGCGUGGGAUGCAGCACUCUGGUUUGACACCCUGUGGCGUAGGAUGCAGAAUGCUGGUUUAACUCCCUGUGACGUGGGAUGCACCAUUUUGACACCCUGUGAUGUGGGAUGCACCAUGUGGUUUUGACACCAUGAGGCAUGAGAUGCAGCAUGCAUCCAGAGGCAGUGAAGAGGCAGAGCAAUCAGGCACCAUGAUCCUAACUUUGGGGUUAAAUUGAGCCAAAAAAGACCAUCUUAACCAUCAUAACCCUAAUUGUCAUGUCGUCUUCCCCCAUAGCUUCUCCAUCUCUUGUUCCAUGCAUGUGAUGUCUGCUCUGCAUGUCUGAUGUAUGCAAUAUGUGUGUGGUGUUUGUACUAGAUAUUUGUAAUGUGUGUGUUGAUUCUGUGUGUGGUGUGUCUGUUAUGUACCUGAUAGCUGACUGGGGGAGUUUGUGGUCUCCACCUCCAUUGCAGUCUUGGCGCUAAGUGAGUCCUAGCGCAGGCUGGGAAUACCAUAAGAUGCAAUGUGACUUAUUAGUGAGCGCUGGACUGCAAGGGAGUGAUUACUAUGGUCUGCAGCCACCAGACAUCAGACCACAUGCUUUCUGCCAUUACUCUCUCUUCUCCCAGGCGCUUUUUUAAAUUUUUUUUUUAGAAACCUGGCCACUUUCCCGCACCAGGGCUAAGAAAGACAAAAUCUUCUUGUGCGGAACCACUUGUCCUGGGCGUUAAGGGAUAGGAAUUCUGCACCCCUGACAUAAUUAAAUCAUACUCUUAAAAUAAUCUCUAUCCUACACAUCUCAUACAUUCAGUUGCAUGAACCCUAUUUAUGGAUCACUGGAUGGAUAAUAAAUUAUAAAGAGUGCAAUUUAAUGGUUUCUUAAUUCAUCUGUAUUUCAGUUGACCUACAUAUAGGCCUAUGUUGUACUUUGGUUUUUAGGGCAUGGUUUCAUACAAAGCAUCUUUUCUCUGACUCCAGCUGUGAAACAAAUGUGCUCCUUUAUAGUAGACAUAUUUAUGGUAACCUGAAACACCACGUCUUAACUUUAAUUGUGUAUGUACAAUUUCUCUACCCUUAAGCCACUGUACUCACAAAAUAGUUACUACAUCCUAGACUGCAAAAAUCUGACUCGUGUGCAUUGUGUAGCAUUUAUGACCAUGCUGGUUAUUCUGUUAUUUAUGUGUAGAUUUGUGUAUGCUGUUAUUGAAAAUUAUUGUGAAUCUCUAGUACCUGAAUAAUGUUAAGGAAGUGUAUCCAACCACCGAUAUAACAAGCUGUUCAAUGAACAAACGCCAGACAUACAGACUCUAUGCAUCUUUAUUUAAUUUUUGAUUGGGAAGAAGAUUCUGAUCAGUCACUGAGCAUUUGGGAGGAGCUGAAUUCCACAUGGCUGUCAAAGAAAAUUGACAUUAUUUUGGGUUACUUUAUCAAUGGUAUUUCUUCCUUUUGCUCCUUUUUUCCCACUGUUACAUAAAAUAAGCAUGCUCAAUAAUUAGUGUACACAAAUGUAUCCUUAAAAAUAGAUUCAAAAAAAGCAUACUUAACAAUUAGUUUUUUAAUUCUGAUUACCAAGAAUUUAAUGACUUUUAAAUAAAAUACCACAUUUUAAACGAUUUUACUACUAACCUGCAAUAUUAUAGGUUGAAACAAGAAAUUUUUACUUUUUAUUUCUACUUCUUAAUUUGACUUAACCGCUUGAAGGCCAGCAAUAGGCAUGUUCCUUAAUUUUGCAACAGUCAUAUCUUGUUGUUAGUCGUUUAAGGACUAGCGUGUUCAGCUGACAGGAUUUAAUUCUAAGAAUCUGACUGCUGUUUCUGUUGCUAUUGAUGUUAUAUUAACAAAUCAAUUUUAUUUGUAGAAGGGAGAUAAUUGGUAAUUCAUCAUACUUUGUGUUCCAUAAUACAUUAACUCAAUAUAUAGAAAUAAAUAUAUUUAUAUUUAUAAAGCACCAACAAGUUCUGUAGCGCUGUACAAUGGGUGGACUAACAGACAAGUAUUUGUAACCAGACGAGUUGGGCACACCGGAACAGAGGGAUUGAGGGCCUCAAUGAGCUUACAUGCUAGAGGGAGUGGGGUACAGUGACAAAAAAGGUAAAGGUAGGGUAGAAAGUAGUUUGCUAGGAUAGUGUUCAUUGAGAGCUUCGUAUUUUGUUUCGAUGACAGUUUCAGGAGAGGAAUCAGGGUGCGGGGAGGGAAAGCGGUUCACAGUUUAAUUGUUAUGCUUUCCUAAAGAAGCAAGUUUUCAAAGAUUUUUUUGUGUGAGAGUCUCACAGAGAGGGGAAAGGCGUUCCAUAGCAACAGUGCGGCCCUAGAGAAGUCUUUAAGUCUUUUGAGCAUCAGAGGUAGGAGUCCGAACAGAGCUUAGACGGAGGUAUCCGGCAGAGCAUAGGGGCCUAGACGGGACAUAUUUGUGUAUUAGUGAGCAUAAGUAGGUUGGAGCAGCUAUAUACCUCUACAACAACAUAUGCCCUUCACAAAAAGAAAUGAAAACCAACAGUUGCUGACACACGUGUAGAACUAUUUUAGUUGUAAAUAUAAAAUGUAACUGUAGAUAUUGUGAUUUCUAGUGGCAGUGCCUAUUUACCUUGGGGCACAGUAGCCCAGCCUGGCAUUCCACGUUGAGCAUGUGUAAAGCCCUUGGAGUUCACUUGUCUGGGAUAAAAUUACUCCGCUGACUAAUCCCAGAACAAGGACAAGAAUCAGCAAGUGACUGCUUAUAAUAAGUCACAUUUUUAGUCACACACUGGCAACUGUGAAUGUUUUAUGUAAUAAAGAUGCCUGUGACUUCUGUACUCUGAAGAAGGUUCUUUUCAUAGAACAUCAUUGAUGGACAAUCUAGUUUCCCUGCAGAGGUACUAAGCGAGACUGACCAAUGUUAUGGUGUUAACUAGUCAAGUUGGUAACAAUUUGAAACAUUAAAGGUGGUGUCACAUGGCAGAACUUGUCUCUAUUUCUUCAAUAGUGCAAUGAGUUUAUUUCGACAAUGCAGUACACGUUUCUGUUUUUUUUUUGUUUUUUUUUUAACAAUUAAAAUGCCUCAGGGAGCUCUAAUUGAAGACUCUAACGACAUUACCUAAAUAUGAAUGGUAAUAGUCAUAUCCUAUGAAUCUAUUUAUAUAUGUUAGAGUUUGCCAAGCUUCGUCCCUAAUGUUAAGGCUUAAAGGAACACUAUAGUUACAUAAAUUACUUUAGCUAAAUGAAGCAGUUUUCAUGUGUAGAUCAUUCCCCUGCAAUUUCACUGCUCAAUUCACUGUCAUUUAGGAGUUAAAUCACUUUGUUUCUGUUUGUGCAGCCCUAGCAACACUCCCCCUGGCUAUGAUUGACAGAGCCUGCAUGAAAAAAAAAAACUGGUUUCACUUUCAAACAGAUGUAAUUUACCUAAUUGUAUCUCAAUCUCUAAAUUGAACUUUAAUCACAUACAGGAGGCUCUUGCAGGGUGUAGCAAGCUAUUAACAUAGCAGAGGAUAAAAAAAUCUUAAUUAAACAGAACUUUCAAUAAAGAAAGCCUAAAUAGGGCUCUCUUUACAGGAAGUGUUUAUGGAAGGCUGUGCAAGUCACAUGGGAGGUGUGACUAGGGUUCAUAAACAAAUGGAUUUAACUCCUAAAUGGCAGAGGAUUGAGCAGUGAGGCUGCAGGGGCAUGUUCUAUACACCAAAACUGCUUCAUUAAAGGACCACUAUAGUGCCAGGAAAACAUACUCGUUUUCCUGGCACUAUAGUGCCCUGAGGGUGCCCCCACCCUCAGGGACCCCCUCCCGCCCGGCUCUGGAAGGGGGAAAGGGGUUAAAACUUACCUUUUUCCAGCGCUGGGAGAGCUCUCGCCUCCCUCUCCUCUCCGCCGCUGAAUGCGCACGCGCGCGCAAGCUGCGCGCGCAUUCAGUCGGUUGAAAGCAUUCAUAAUGCUUUCCUAUGGACGCUGGCGUGCUCUCACUGUGAAAAUCACAGUGAGAAGCACGCAAGCGCCUCUAGUGGCUGUCAAUGAGACAGCCACUAGAGGGAAUAGGGGGAAGGCUUAACCCAUUAAUAAACAUAUUAGUUUCUCUGAAACUGCUAUGUUUAUUAAAAAAUGGGUUAACCCUAGCUGGACCUGGCACCCAGACCACUUCAUUAAGCUGAAGUGGUCUGGGUGCCGAGAGUGGUCCUUUAAGCUAAAGUUGUUCAGAUGACUAUAGUGUCCCUUUAACAUUAGCUGUAAUGGUCUUUAAACAUACAUCUCGAAGUAGACCAGUGCCUGGCGAAACCUAGGUAACUGUGAAACCAUGCUAAAAUUGUUUGACAGAUUAUACUGGCACUGUAGUAGUCAUGGUGUUUGACGUGUUCCUUUAAACUUACUCAAGUAAGUACUUUUUAUUUAUUUAUUUAUUUAUAAAAUAUUUUACCAGGAAAGAUACAUUGAGAUUUCUCUCAUUUUCAAGUAUGUCCUGGGUCCACAAAUCAUUGCAUUGUUACAUUAGGGUACAAUAAAAUACAAAAACAAUAUUAAUACACAAUACAUACAAAAUUUAACUUAGAACAGGUAGGAAAUAUAUAAUCAACCAUGACAGGUGCAUUCUGUUUUCAGGUAUCUCUUAACCCCUUAAGGGCACAUGACGUGUGACAUGUCAUGAUUCCCUUUUAUUCCAGAAGUUUGGUCCUUAAGGGGUUAAAGGACUUUAGGGUUAGGGAUGAUUUUAAAUUGUGCGGGAGGUCGUUCCACAAUUGCAGUGCUCAUUUAAAUAAUGUAUUGAAUAAAAGUAAUAUUACCCUGAUGCAGGCAGUUAAGGUUCACUCACGGCUUUCCUUGGGAGCACUAUGAAGAGAUUUUAUUGACUCGUAGUCCAGCUGUAGGCUGUUUGAAGUUGUACACUGCAUGGAAUAUUGAUCCAUGUGUUUGUACCCAUGGUUUUUAUCAUGUGCAAGCCCCUUCUUAAAAAGCUUUGAGGUAGCGUCCACAUGCCAUGUAAUGUCUUGUAUGGAUCAGAAGGAAGCUGCUUCGCCAAUAAUGGUCACAAAAAAAACCCAAUACAUAUAACAAUAUGUCUCGGCAUCCACUCUUCUGGCACAUCACAGUGGAAGGAGGUAGCUGAAACACUGAUACAGUUGACCGGUGGAUAUCCUAGCCUUUUCUGUGUUGGCCGUAUGCAACUGAAUAUGCAUGUUUGUCACAUGUACUAGAAUCUGAUAUGACAUGGGAAUGUGACAAGCUUGUCCAGAGAAAGCCGCACAGGGGCAAAUGUGAUUUCUCCUGUUGAUAUAUUAAUUUCUCUCUACUCUUGCUACUUUUCCUUCAUUGGAGGAGAUCAUCACAUACUAAUUGGUGGCCUCCUCCUUUUAUCUAUGAAAGAGUCAUUUGAAUGAAUGUCUGAUGCCCAUCGUGAGUAUUUUUUCGGCCCAGGGACUGUCUGGCCUACUGGGAUACCGGGAAAUUUCCCGGUAGGCCGCCUGCCCUAGGGUCGCUUUGUGCUGUUGCCCUCCUACUGGCUGUGGCCGAUCGCGUGCAAGAGCACAAAAAAUUCUUUCAGGCCGGCAGCCAGACAUGCGCAUACAGCGUAUGGAGUCAUAUCUGGCGUGGCGGCAUUACAAUGUUCAGAGUGGCUGGCUGUGUGCAGAGCAACAACUCCCCCUUCCCUGCUGCUCACAUUGCCAGAGAAGCAUGUGGCCUGCUUGAGCAGGGAAGAUCGUGCAGGGCUGGACUGGAAGACGGCUUAAGGUGGGGGAACCUUCCUGUAGUGUAAUGUAUUGGGAGGGGGACAGUGUAUUAAAUUGGGCGGCGGGAGGAUGGGAAGGAGGGGGCAGUGUAUUGAAGUGGGGGGAGGAUGGGAGGCAGUGAAUUAAAUUAGGAGGGGGGGCGGUGUUUUAAAUUAGAGUGAAAGGAGGGGGAAGUGUAUUAGAUUGAUGAUGGAAGGGGGGGGGGCAGUGUAUUAGAGGGGAGGGCGGAAGUCUGUGUUUUAGAUUGGUGGGGGGCAUAGUAAGUAACUUGCAGUGAAGCUUUUGAGUAAAAUAUAUUUUGUACCCAGGAUUACAUAUUGUUUGCAUGAGAAUGAUACAAGUCAUUUUAGUUUGUGUUGGUCUAGGUCGAACUUUUUUUUUUUUUUGCAGCCCACGUAAACUUAAAGGACCACUCUAGGCACCCAGACCACUUCAGCUUAAUGAAGUGGUCUGGGUGCCUGGUCCAGCUAGGGUUAACCCAUUUUUUAAUAAACAUAGCAGUUUCAGAGAAACUCAUUGACAGCCACUAGAGGCGCUUGCGUGCUUCUCACUGUGAUUUUCACAGUGAGAGCACGCAAGCGUCCAUAGGAAAGCAUUGUAAAUGCUUUCCUAUGCGACGGGCUGAAUGCGCGCGCAGCUCUUGCCGCGCGUGCGCAUUCAGCCCAGGAGGAGGAUCGGAGGAGGAGAGAAGGAGGAGAGCUCUCCGCCCAGCGCUGUAAAAAGGUAAGUUUUUAACCCUUUUCCCCCUUCCAGAGCCGGGCGGGAGGGGGUCCCUGAGGGUGGGGGCACCCUCAGGGCACUAUAGUGCCAGGAAAACGAGUAUGGUUUUCCUGGCACUAUAGUGGUCCUUUAAGCCUUGUUUAUUUUGCCUGUGUUAGCCUUUGAGUUUGACAUGCUUGUUUUAAAGGAACACAUUGGGAAUAGAAAUGUGUAUUCAGGCCACUUCAUGAUGUGAUGAAGCGGUCUUUGUGUCUAUAGUGGUCAUUUAAAGGAUCACAAACUUGUUUUCCUGACACUAUAUCAUCCUCAGGGUCCCCCUCCCUUGGCGUUGUCCGAUGUCAGCUCCGGAGUGGCGAGCAUUCAAACAGUCCAUAGGAAAGCAUUUCUCAAUGCUUUUCUAUGGACGUUCUGCACGCUUGAUGCGAUUUUCGCAUCCAGUGUCGCAGAAGCGCCUCUAGCGGCUGUCAGGAAGACAGCCACUAGAGGUUGGAUUAACCCUGCAAUGUAAACAUAGCAGUUUCUCUGAAACUGCUAUAUUUACAUCUGAAGAGUUAAAACCUGGGGGACAUGGAACCCAGACCACUUCAUUGAGCUGAAGUGGUCUGGGUGACUAUAGUGUCCUCUUAAUUUAACACUUCAGAAUGCGUAUUGCAGACAGCCUGAUAGGAUGUGAGAGAGGUGUGCAUUCAAGCCCCCAUUGUUCUUACAUUGAAAGUUACAUUGUAUAAUUUCCUGGAAAAGAGCGGAAAACAAGCUAAAUGUUUAUGGAAUUAUUUACUGACCAUUUACUUUGCAUUGCAAAAUUGAGCGUUUUUUUUGCAGUUAUUUGUUUCAUUUACUCAUUACACAGCUCUGGUAUAUGUUGGCACUUUAAUGAAAAUUAUGUAAAAUCAUCAUGGGGCUCUAAUAUGGAUGAAUUUUGCUUUCGUCCCAGCUGAAGAAACCAAUCUGAAAUUUGAGAUUUAAACCUCAUGAUAUUGAUCUUGAAAUAUAUGAACCCAGUAUUGGGGCUGAAUGACUCAGGAUUUAAUUCCUGCCACAUUCCUAAUCUAUCUCUAAAAAUAAACAAACCUUCCAGCUGCAUAAAUAUAAAGUGGCCACCUAAAUAAUAAAAAUAAUACUGUGUGUGUGUUGGAGGUUAAUAGACAUCUUAAUAAGUAGAUGGCAAUAAGAACUAAUAAUAAUAAUAAUAAUAAUAAUAAUAAUAAUAAUAAUAAUAAUAAUAAUAAGCUCAAUGUAAUAUACAGAUUAUGUUGUGCUCCACAGCAUAAACCUUGUUUUAUGUUACUUGAUAACUAAAGAUGGGUAGGUAAUUUACAGAAACAAAAAUGAUUGUCAAUUUAAGAAAUAGUAGCAUUCUUUUUCUCUUAUUCCAAUGUGCUUUAUAGGUGUGUCAUAUUAUUAUAUGAUACUUAGCAGCAUUGUUUGUUGAGCAGCUUGUGUUUUGUUUUCUCUCUCUCUGUCUCUCUCUCUCUCUCUCUCUCUCUCUCGCAAUAAUUUAAUAGUGCAAGGUCUGCAUUAUGUAAAGCACAUAACGUUUGUAAAGGUUCAACAUAUGUUUUGCUGGGAAGAAGGUAAUCUGAUUUAUUUGGAAGCACAUAGCUGGUCCACCUGCUGCAUGCUGUUUUGCCUUCUGACAAAACAGUGCUUGAUAAGGGGCCUGGGGGGAUUUGCAGGCAGUAGUCUAUUAUCGAAAUAGUUAAAUGCUUCUAUAAUAUGCUGAUAUUGUAACUGCAAUUUCAGCCUGCAAGGAUGACUAUGUUCUUAAGUUUGUCUUGUCUAUUAUUCCUUAGCAAUUUCAAUAGGUAAUCAUGCUGCUGAAAGAUGAAUUGACUCACAUAAAAUUAACCUGUCCUCUGUUGGUGCAUUAACCAACCAAUUUAGAUCUACCCAGCUUGCCUCCUGCUUGCAUGUUGCCUUCUUUGUUUAAAAAAAAUAAAAGCAUUGACAUGCCGAUAAGUCUUUAACUAAACUCUAAAUUGUAGUGCAUUGAAAUUUGAAUAGCAAUAUUUGACUAAAAUAACUCCUUUUGUAAAUAUUUUUGCCAUUCUGUUUUAAUUUAGUUUUAAAGCCCCAUAUUCCUAUUUUCUGUUUGGUGUAUACAGAAAGUUUCACCCUACAGUAUGAGGUAUUAGAAUUGCUUGUGACAGAACAUUUAUUGCAAGUCUGUGUUAUUACACUUGGGACAGUGUUGGGAUCACGUGUGUGUAUAACUUAUGUUUAAAUUUGAAUAUUUGUGGGUUGUAAUUUUUUCAAAUGCAUACAUAUGCUGCCUGACUUUGCUUCAUUCAUUUUUUCCCCCUGUUUAUUUUAGGUAAAAGAAUGAUCCCCAGGUAGAGGUAUACAGAUGGUGAAUUGUGCAGAGGUAGGAAUGUGUUUUUUAUUUUUUAUUUUUUUUAAAUUCAAUUCUUUUUAACUUGCUCCAUCAGUUAAUUGACAUGUCAUUGUUAUUUUGACCAUGAAUGAUGUGAAUAAAAUGUGCUCUAUUGAAUAGGUGGAGUAUUUCUAAAAUCUUCUAAACUUUCAUAGUAAAUGUACAGUCGCUCCCCCUGAUCUCUUGUGUGUAUUCUGUUUUAUCACAUGUAUUUAAAAGAUAUGUACUUGUAAAAUGUGGAAAAUGUGAAUGGGUGACAUCAUAAAGUGCUGAUUUGGAAAUAUUUUUGAUCUCUGCUAUAGUCACAGUUUGGAUAUUUGAGCCCAAAUUUAGCAAUUUGUUUUUUAAAUCUCUGCAUUUCAGAGUUUGUGAGUAAAGCCUGUAGAAAGACUGUUUGUAGUUCUAGCAGUAGUCUUAUAUGUGAUGUUUAUAGAGGAGGGAGUAUGAAAGUAUGGUACCCAAAGAUCUAUCAUUAUAUAGAAAUGUAUACUUUUGGGACACUUAAUGAGGCAUUACUAGGAUUGCUGUUUAGUACUCCCAAAAAAAGGAAAAAAAAAAGACCUAUUACAGGUUUUCACUACAAGAGCGAAAUCUAAAUAAAUUGUUGGUUGCAUAGAUGAUUUAUUAUCCAUAUUGUUUCAAUUUUAUGCAUACUAUAAUUAUUAAACCAGUUGCAACAUGAGUUUUGCAAAACUGUAAUAUUAAAUGGAUACUAUAGGCGUCAAAACAACUUUGGCUUAUUGAAGCAGUUUUGUGUAUACAUCAUGACCCUGCAGUCUCCAGGUCGCCAAGGCGACUAAGAAACCUUGGCCCAGACACCUGGAUUUGUCAGCCCUUUCCCUCCAUCCCCGUGCAGCUCCAGAAGGAAGUGAAAGGAACUGCAAUUUCCUCCUCACUGCACUGAGGUCGAUGCAGGGGCGUUGCAAGCUGGCAGGGCUCCAGCUGACGACGGCUCUGCUUGCCGCGUGCCACCCUUCCACAGAGCAGGACUUGUGCCUGUCCCCAUUUCACAGAGCCGGCCUCCUACACACCCAUUCACCUGCGCGACCUCAGCGCUGGGAGGAAGUAAUUACAGUUCUUUAAUAGCGGCAGCCCACUACCAUCAGCCACAGCAAGGUCCACUGUCACCAGCUGCUGCUGCCUAGUCCUACUGUACCCUUCCGACGCCCAAAAGGUAAGAAACAGGAGGGUGGCUAAAAAUGUUUAUUUAUUUUUUUAUUUCUGUUUGUGUGUGUGUGUGUGUGUGUGUGUGUGUAUACAUAUCUAUUUGAGUGUAUCAAACAAAAAAAAUAAGUAAAAAAAUACUUUGUGAGUGUGUGAGAGAAUGGGUGUAUGUCAGUGAGUGUGCAUAUGUCUGUCCGUCAGUGUGUGCGCGUGCUUAUGCCUGUCAGUGAAUGUGUAUGUUUAUGUCACCAGCCCCCUUCCAAUCAUAUGGGGAUGGUGUUUUUACUCUCCUUUUUCCAACGCUUUGCUGAUCUUGCCGGGUCUGGCCUGCCUCCAUAGCGGAGAUUAGCAAUCUCGAUUUUCUCAGCCAAUCCAAUGUUUUCCCAUCGGAACAUAUUGGGAAACUAUUGAGCAUGCGCUGCAAAAUGCAGCACCAAUCAGCAUUUCAUCAUAGAGAUGCAUGAAAUCAGUGCAUCUUUAUGAGGAAUGUUUAGUGCCUCCAUGCAAAGACUUUAGAAUCUCAUAACGUUUGAGUAACGAGGUGUUACUAGGCAGCAGUGUAAACACAUUGAAAAGCCUGCACGCACAGGCUAUAGACUCCAUAACUACAUUAAGCUGUAGUGGUUCUGGUAACUGUAGUGUUCCCUUAAGAAUUGUAAUUUCGGGGGGCUCCUAGAUUUAAAACAAAUUUAUCAAGCCCUGCCUUUAAGGAAUAUAGUUUGAGCAUUCAAAUAAUGUUUUACGGACACUAUUGGACAGGCAUUCACACGAAAUUCAGAAUUUAAAAAAAAAAAAUUUUUUUUUGCAGGAUAUGAAUGUUGUACUUCAUAAAGGUUUUGUGUGGUUUGUGUAUUAAUUUGGUUCAGAUUGGCUAGAGUGAAGUUUUUGUAAAAAUAUAGAGGCUGUGUGUGUGUAUGUAUAUGUGUAUAUAUAUAUAUACUGUUUUAUAAAUCAGAAGAGGGUUAUACUUUUUUUGUAGUGAGCAUGUACACAAAACACAUAACCUGAAAUAGCGUGUACUUUAUGGUACAAGGAUUAUGUAUACAGUCGUUCCAAACUAUUUUUGGGGGGGUUUGUUUUUUGUCAUUCUCAAGUGAUUUGCCGAACUCAUUCACAGUUUCCAGUAUCCAGAGAAAUCUAGUUUCCUUGGUUCUUCACAGAAUAUGAUCACAUUGUGCAAUGAGCUAUACAGAACACUUGAGUUUAGACCGAUCAUUGAACCAUUGCCAAGUUACUGCAGAUAGAGAUGCAAAUGAAUGCAACUGUUUGAGGCAUUCAAAGAAAGCUUGGUAACAGGCACAAUGCUGUUCUGAGUAGGACACAGGCUAAAACCCCUGUUUUAGGAUAAGUGAUAGAAAGACAAUAUGAGCAAUGUGAGCUAUAUCUGCUGCCACAAUCUAUUGUUAAAUAAUCUAUUGUUAAACUAAAGACGUGUCUUCCUGACCCCAAUAUAUUUGUUGCUUUCAUAGCUAUCGGUUUAUUCAUUAAAAGGAUUUACUCCAUCCACCAUUACCACCUCAGUGAUUUGAAGUGGUCAUGGUGGUAGGAGUCUGUAUGUGCAGUGUUCAAGUUUGAAACAUUGCACAUACUGAGAUAUUCAUCAUUGUGUGCUGUGGCUAGUUGCACACAUGACAUGUCAAUUCUGUGUAUAACCUCUGAGUUGGCAAAAAGCUCCAAUCACAGACAUGUCUAUGAUUAGAUUGUGCAUGGCCCCAGUGAAAUCAGGAGGGGGGCAUGGAAAAACAGAACUGAGCUGUAAUUCAGGUAAGUGAAAGCUUUUUUUUUUUUUUUUUUUUUAACAAGUUUUACUGAAAAAUAAGGAGUGACCUUCCCCAUUGUUUCCAAUAGGGCAUAUUACACCAGAAAGUUCUCGCCUCUUAAAAAAGGUUAUAUAUUAACCCUAUAAGGAUAAUAUUCAAAAUUGCAAUGACCCACUCAUUUACUUGCUGUAAUGCUGGGUAGAGCAGACAAAGCUAAAUAUUUUUUGGCAUUGGUAUAGAGGGGCAAGAUUGUGAUGACAGUGUAGCAGUUGGUCAUCCUUGCAGCUCAACUUAAUAAAACAAACAAACAAACCUCUUAAUUUACUCGCCAGAUUCCAGUGCCAAUCUCCCUUAUCGCAGGGUCGGUGCUUAUAGCCAUCAUUGCAUUGGACUGCUCUCACCAUCCAUGGACGUUAUUUACAAAUGUAGGGGAAGGGAUUACUCCAGAACAUGAAAUUCAGCCAGGAGAUGUUUACUUUCACUUAUUAACACGCAUAGUCUCUUCUGCUAUGAAUAGCACUUUAACCCCUUAAUGACCAGACCGAUUUUCAAUUUUCUUACUGUUAGGACCACUAUAGGCACCCAGAUCACUUCAGCUUAAUGAAGUGGUCUGGGUGCCUGGUCCAGCUAGGGUUAACACUUUUUUUUUUAUUUUUAUUUUUUAUAUAAACAUAGCAGUUUCAGAGAAACUGCUAUGUUUACACUGAGGGUUAAUCCAGCCUCUAGAGCCUCUAGUGGGUGUCUCAUUGACAGACGCUAGAGGCGCUUGCGUGCUUCUCACUGUGAAAAUCACAGUGAGAAGACGCCAACGUCCAUAGGAAAGCAUUGUAAAUGCUUUCCUAUGAACUGGCUGAAUGCGCGCGCGGCGACUGCCGUGCAUGCGAAUUCAGCCGAUGACGUCGCAAUAGAGGAGGAGAGUUCCCCGCCCGGCGCUGGAGAAAGGUAAGAUUUCAACCCCUUCCUCUCUCCAGAGCCCGGCGGGAGGGGGACCCUGAGGGUGGGGUACCCUCAGGGCACUAUAGUGCCAGGAAAACGAGUAUGUUUUCUUGGCACUAUAGUGGUCCUUUAAGGACUAGGGCUGUUUUUAAAUUUCUGAUGUGUUUGUGUUUAGCUGUAAUUUUCUUCUCACUCAUUUACUGUACCCACACAUAAUAUUUACAGUUUUUCUUGCGAUUAAAUGAUCUUUCUAAAGAUACCAUUAAUUUCAUCAUAUCAUAUAAUUUACUAUAAAUUUUUUUUAUAAAAUAUGAUGAAAAAAUAAAAACACACUUUUUCUAACUUUGACCCCCCCAAAUCUGUUACGCAUCUACAACCGCCAAAAAACACCUGUGCUAAAUUUUAUCCUGAGUUUAGAAAUACCUAUGGUUAACAUGUUCUUAGUUUUUUUGGAAAGUUAGAAGACUAUAAGUACAAGUAGGACAUUUCUGUUUCGAAAUAUAUAUUUUUAAAAUAUAUCAGUAGUGACAUUGUAACACUGUUAUCUGUCACAAAUCUCUGAAUCACACCUCACAUGUACAUAUUUUUUUUUUUUUUAAAGUAGACAACCCAGGAUGUUUAAUAUGGGGUAUGUCCAGUCUUUUUUUAAGUAGCUGCUUAGUCACAAACACUUGCCAAAGUUAGCAUUUAUAUUUGUUUGUGUGUUUAAAAAUACAAAAAACUAUUAUGAACUUUAACUUUGGCCAGUGUAUGUGACCAAGUGGCUACUAAAAGACUGAACAUACCCCAUUUGCAAUACCUUGGGUUGUCUUCUAUUGCAAAUGGUAUGCCAUCAGGGGGUAAUACUCAUUCCUGGGCUACCAUUCGCUUUCAAAGGCUUUCAAAGGCAACAUAAGCAAUCUGGAAAAUUUCAGUGUGCAAAAAUGGAAAAUCAAGCCUUAUAUUUGACCCUGUAACUUUCAAAAAUACUAUUAAACCUGUACGUGGCGGGUGGCAGGGCCUGAGUGUCAUGGAGGAUGGGCGCUUCUCAGACUGGCUCCUCCACAAGCCUACUAAACAAAGCUUUCUAAAGUAUAUUAUGGCCCGACCUGGGACUGCACAAGCAAAAUCUGUGUUGCCUGACUUGCCUGCUCUGCGGGAAGGUGGUUGGUGAUUAGACGAAAGUGUGAUGACCCCUCCGUGGCAAAUGCGGCCUGAUGUGCACUGGUCGGGGGAAACGGCUGAUCUCCUGUACCGGGGAUGCCCAGGUGGCUGGUAGCCUGCACAAGUGCCCCACUACCCCCACCCACCUCUUGGACCGGCGUGGGUGAUCCCUGUCCCCUUCUGGUAGGCCAGUCAACUUGGGUGGGUUAGCAGGACGAAAUCCUGACAACAAGCAAACAUAAGAUGGCAGAGACCGCAUGGCUCACUACAGACAGUGGAUGGGCUUUUCCAUGACUUCUGGCGGCGGCUGGAACUCAGGAGGCAUCAACCUGUACCACUACAACUAAGCUUCCACUCACCUCACAGUCCCUCUUAGGAGUCCCCGGUCUACACGUGGUGAGGGCCUACUCACGGCGGCGGGGCUGGCGACGCACUCUGUCAAGGUGCAGAAAGGUUGGAACAUAUGGGAUGCCAAAGGUACCGCAGAGCCUCCCAAGUCUGGCGACGGACCUGCCUUCUUCUGAAGUCCCGGACCUACUGCUUAUCCUCCUGGAUCAUAACUACGCUCGGCCCUUGAAGGGCAUGGGAUGAGACGGGCCAGGGAAUCGAGCCAUAGGAACAGGCCCAUAUUUCCACACCUGUUUUACUUACUGAUAUUCUGCGUCAUGUCUGUCUGGGCUUAUGCCAGUCUGGGUCUAUUGCCUGUGCCUGGUGGUCUUGAGACAACUGUCCUAUCCCUCUAUGCUCCUCUUUCCGAUGGGGGGCCUCUAGGGUGUACUUUGCUGUUAUGCCUACCGUUGUUAUUUUUCAUGUAUUUCUUUUACUUUCUCUUUCCAAAACUAGUGCAGAUAUUCUUGACAUAUAUGCUCUUCGAUACCAAGCACUCUUAUUAGUAAUACUCAUGUCUACAUGUCACCCACCACAUAUUUUACUAUGUCCAUUAACUGCUGUGACAUGGGAGCUUCUUGUUUAAUAAUAUCUAUUCCUUCUUUAAAAAAAAAAAAAGAAAAAAGUGCAAUGUUCUCUAUGCCUAUUGAUAUGUUUGCUCCAGCUGUUGUGGCAGUGCAAACUUUCAUGUAUAACCUAUGCACAAAUAAAAUAAAGAAUUACAAAAAAAACAAACCCAAACUCCUGUACAUGGGGGGUGGGGGGGAGGAGAGAACUGUUAUACUCUGGAGACUUCGCUGAACACAAAACAGUGAUAUUGUGAUGAUAUCACAAGAAUAUCAUCAGUGAAAGUGCAGUUUGUGUGUAAAAUGCAAAAAAUGUACCUUUCACUGAUAAUCACUGUGAUAUGUUUUACUGUUUUGAAACACUAAUAUUUGUGUUCAGGAAAGUCUACCGGGUAAAACAGUACCCCCCCCCCUCUCCAUGGGCAGGUUUUAGGAUGUCUUGGAAAGUUACAGGGUUAAACACAGUGCUAGCAAAUUAAAUUCUCUGGACUUUCGGCCUGGGUUGUCAGGCAGGUCCCUCAGAUUGCAAUUAAUAAAAUUACUUAAUUAUGUAAAAAUAUUACAUAAAUAUGCACGUAGAAUUUAAAUUUAUAUACAUAUUAAAUAUAUGUGAACUCUACGUAUAUAUUUGUAAAAUGAUUUAUGUAAUUAUGUAUAUUUUGUAUUUUUAUUUAUAUAUACAUAGAUAUAUAUAAAAUUUCAUUCGAAGUGUAUUUUGAUAUAAAUAUAUAUUAUCAAAAUACAAAUUAUAUAUAGUAUUUUUGCAUUUUUCUAAUUUUUCAUUUGUUAUAAUAUAUACAAUAUAUAUAUAUAUAUAUAUAUAUAUAUAUAUAUAUAUAUAUUUACAUGUUUAAGUUUCCCCCUAGUAUUUUUACAUUAAUAUGUCUAUAUAAAUAAGUGUGUGUCUAUCUGUCUGUGUCUCUUUUUUAAUUAAAACGUUUUUCACCAGCAGGGGGACUGCCUGUCAGUUCAGGCAGAUGCCUAUUGUGGCUAUGUGACCGCUCUUUUUGAGCGAUCACAUGACCCGCUGGGGCCUAAUUUGUAGAGGGUGACCGUUUGGGCUGUCAGACAGUCCCCCCCAGGUGGAGAAGACAACGACCGAUUUGCCGGCGGGGGAACGGCGGUGAUCGGGUAAGUAUUUACUUAUAUUUUUUAUUUUAUUAAUUUUACUAAGUGCCUUGACUCCUCGAGGCACUGAGCAGACAGGCAGAACAUCGGAAGCCUGCCUGAUGACUUCCGAUGCUCUGCCUCACUGCCGGGCGCCACGUGGAGCAACCCAGAAGUGAUCGCUCCCGGGGAAUGAUCACCCAGUGGCCCGGCAGUCAGAGGGGAGGUAUUGCAGGAUGCCUAGACAUCGAGACAUCGUUGCAAUAACCUUAGAGUUGCUGAAAGCGAUCCUGAACGCUUUGAGCGCUUAUAUUUGCCGCAGAUGUACAGGGUACAUCAGCAGUCGUUAACGACCAUUUUUUCUCCAACGUACUCUGUACGUCCGCGGUCACUAAGGGGUUGCAAUUAGUUAAACAUAUUAAGAUUUGGUGCAGUGCUUAGGAGAUUUCUGUUGUGUCCAGCAUUCUAUAGAAAAAUGAUUGAAGUUCUACCCUACCUUCCCUUUUUCUCUUCUAUUUUCUUUUUUGUUUUAUAUGGUCAAUAUUGCUUAAUUGAUACUUUCAUUCUUUCAUAUUAACAUUUUAUUUGAUAUUCAUUCUUUAUAGAUAUAUUGUAUUCUACUAACUGUUUACUAUAGUGUUAUGUAAUUAUAAAAAAUUCAAUAAUAUCUGAAAAGAAAAAGGAUUGAAAAUAAUGCAGAAUACUAUCCAUACAAAUAUCCUAGAUCUGUGACUACAUUUUCCUAAAGACUGAGUGCAAAGUUUACCAGAUCUGUAUUGGAGUUCUCAUCAUAGGAAAGCUUGGAGUCACAUACUAAAUGGAAACUUAAUUUUGGUUCAUGCACUUGAAAAGAAAAAAUGUCUGCUUUUAAACUCACAGAAUUUUAACGUCGAAUUAUUACAGAAUGAACUGUCGUGUAGUGAAUCUCUUUUGGCAGAGUAAGAGAAUGUAUACUUUCUGAAAACAAUAGUAUUGGAUGAUUCUCUGCUGCAUUUUUUUCAUAGGCAUAAUAAAUGGCACUGACUAGGAUGGAUUACAGCUUGACAUUGGUUGUCUGAGGGUAAAUAAAGCAGGUGAUCUCAUAGUAGGAGCUCAUUUCACAUUAUAACAAUAAAGCUUUUUUUUUUUGGUAAUGCAGCAAGUAAUAAUGACUGUCAACUUCACCCAUUUAUUCCUUUGUAACAUCUGAGCAUGUCUUUGUGGGAGACAGCAGGGGGAGAUUUAACUAUAAUUUCUUCCUCGCCCCACACAGGCAUCCCUUCCUAUUAAAACUGGUUUCCCGUCUCUCUGGCGUUCUAUCUAGGAGGCCUUGAGCUGUGGAACGAAAAAGAUUUUCUUUAUUAACCCUUUCUCUGAAAUGGAUCAGUACCUCUUAAAUCUUCAUGGGUUUAGUUUAUAGUUUAAUUUGCAGCUUGCUUUCCCUGCUCCUUUAAGCGGUUUUAAAGAGAAGGCAGUAUAGUGCUACAAAGUGCCAUUUAUUUUUUUGUAAAAAAUUAUAUUUUAUGAAAUUGAAACUCUCUUACCUGGGAUUAAGGUUUGAAGAAUCAGAACAUGACCUAUUCAGUUGGUAGAGAGAAGUGGCCUCUUGGGUUUGGGACAUGAAUGCAAAGAAGCACGUGUCAUCAAUCAGUUAGUAUUGUGGUUUGUUUGUUUUUUUUCUGGAUGGGGGAGGGGGUUAAAUGUGGGCUGUCAUGAAAUAUCUUUUUGAUUGCUUGUAGCAUAUAUUAUUACACCCUGUUCCAAAUUAUUAUGCAAAUUCUAUUUCUGUCACAAAGAUUAAAUAUUUUGUUUUUCAGUUUAACUCCUGGAUGGCAUUGUGUCUCAGGGCUCUUUUGAUCACUGAAAACAAUCUGACACCUGUGAUAAUUAGAUUGCCAGGUAAGCCCAAUUUAAGGAAAAACUACUAAAGGAUCAUCGCACUAUUAAGAGAUUUGUGGCUGAUUCAGAGCACAAACGGGUUCGUGCAGAUAAAGGCACAUUGAGGAAGAUUUCUGCUAGAUCCAUGCAUCGGAUCAAGAGAGCAGCUGCUAAAAUACCAUUACAUAGCAGCAAACAGAUAUUUGAAGCUGCUGGUGCAUCUGGAGUCCCACAGACAUCAAGGUGUAGAGUCCUCCAGAGUCUUUCAACUAUGCAUAAACCUUCUAUUCGGCCACCGCUAACCAAUGCUCACAAGCAGAAACUGCUGCAUUGGGCAGAAAAAUACAUGAAGACUAAUUUUCAAACAGUCCUGUUCACUGAUGAGUGCCGUGCAACCCUGCUUGGUCCAGAUGGAUGGAAUAGUGGAUGGCCACCCUGUUCCAACAAGGCUGCGAUGUCAGCAAGGUGGUGGUGGAGUCAUGUUUUGGGCCGGAAUCAUGGGAAGAGAGCUGGUCGGCCACUUUAGGGUCCUUGAAGGUGUAAAGAUGACCUCUGCAAAGUAUGUGGAGUUUCUGACUGACCACUUUCUUCCCUGGUACAGAAGGAAGAACUAUGCUUUCCGUAAUAAAAUCAUCUUCAUGCAUGACAUUGCACCAUCUCAUGCUGCAAAGAAUACCUCUGCAUCAGUGGCUGCUAUGGGGAUAAAAGGAGAGAAAGUCAUGGUGUGGCCUCCAUCCUCCCCUGACCUCAAUCCUUUUGAGAACCUUUGGAGCAUCCUCAAGCAAAAGAUCUAUGAGGGUGGGAGGCAGUUUACAUACAAACAGCAGCUCUGGGAGGCUAUUCUGACAUCUUGCAAACAAAUUCAAGCAGAAACUGUCCAAAAACCCCACGUUCAAUGGAUGCAAGACUUGUGAAGCUGCUAUCAAAUAAGAGGUCCUAUGUUAAAAUGUAACGUGACCUGUUGAAAUGUUUAAAAAGUUAAAAUGUUGUUAUAAGUUUGAUUGAAUAGCUUUUGAUUUCAGUAAAUAUGCUGCAAACACAACAAAUGACAAUUUUCAGUUCUUUACAACCUAUAAAGUGUUUUGAAACUUACUGUGCGUAAUCAUUUGGAACAGUGCAUUGUAAGUUUAGGUUUUAAAAAAAAAAUACUGUUAUCAUUAGGAGGUUUGUUUAAUAAAAUUUGAAUUGUACUCUUAAUAGGUGAUAAUGUGAGAAUUAUGCUGACUGUUAUUUACAUCAAUUAUUUAGGUAAAUGAGAAAAAUAUCAUUUGCAUAUUAAUUUUGGAGCACUCCGUGUUUCCUGAAUAUUUUAUAGACCGCAGUUGAACUGUCUAACUGUUUGUAGCACUGGUAGCAAGCCUGUUAUGCACUGCUCCUUCUUUUUCUAGUGAUGCUAUCAGGUAAUAAAAGCCUUAUCAUUUUAUUUUAUUAUGAGUACUCAGAGUACCAUAACCACUAUAGCUUACAAUAUCCAACUGUAAGGAAUCAAGUUUUUAAAAAAAAAACAAAAAACACAUUUGUUUACAUUUUAAUUUAAAGCGGCAUUAUCAUGCCGGACUUACUUUGUCCAUUCGUGUUAUGACGAAAUUCUGGACUUUUGAUUGGAAAGGAAUUUAAUUUGAAUGAAUGAAUGAAACUCUGAUCCUAUUCAUGCCGCGAGUAGAUAGCUCCGUAAUUGCUACAGUAUUAGGGAGCUAACUACUAAAAGGCUACAAGACCUAAAUUGGGCUUGCAGCCAAAAUUUACUAAUUCUAAGUAAAGAUUACUUAGUAUUAGUAAUGAAUCUGCCCCUACUCGCUAUAACGUGAGUAGGGGCAUUUCUAAUAAACAGUGAGCAGCCAGUAAAGAAGACCCCCCUCCCUACUUUAUUAAAGUGCCGUUUAGAACACACCACUCCCCCUUCCUGUUAAUUAUUUUUAUAUACGUGCACUUUAUUGAAGUAGUGGGGUGUCUUCUUUACAACAGUGAGCAGCCACUGGCUGCUCACUGUUUAUUAGACAUGCCUCUACUCACGGUAUAGCGAGUAGGGGCAGAUUUAUUACAAAUACUAAGUAAUCUUUACUUGGUAUUAGUAAAUUUGGCUGAAAGACCAAUUUAGUUCAUUCAGCCUUUUAGUAGAUAGCUCCCCAACUGCCACGGUAUUAGGGAGCUAUCUACUUGCGGCACGAUUAGGAUCAGAGUUCAUUUGAAUGAAAUUCCAAUCCGAACAAAAGUCACAAAUUUCGUCCUAACACAAAAGGACAAACUGUUCUCAUUCUGUUAAGACAAUUUGGUAGUUUCGCGGGCGUUUGAACGGAAGGUGAGAAUUGUGGGGAAAUUGCUUUGACCUCAGGAAAUUGGGCGGGCUUUGCUCCUCCCCUGGGUCAUAGCUGGUCAAGUGUAGGAAAAAUAGAUAAAAUUUUUUUUAAAAAUAGUCCCUACUUUCUUAUGUUUUAAAUAAAACUUGUGCAGACAGGAAGAAAUGAAAAACAGAUCCUGAGAGAGGGAGAGAAGAGGAAGCAACUGGGAGAAAGGUAAGUUCGGCAUGACCGUGCUGCUUUAAAAUGGCUUGACACUUGUUGACAUUCAUGCUCUCUCUGUUCUACAUGCUACAGAUAGAGUGGAAGUCCUCAUUCCUCUUUAGCUAUAUAAAUGUUGUGCAACUUUUCAGAUCAUUCAUUGACUGAAAGCAUCUGACCAUAAAAAAAGGUUUGACUUCUGCUCUUGAUCUUUAAAUGCUGAUAUUCAAGACAUUCAAGUUUAUAUGAAAUUUUUUUAUAAUGAAUGAAACUACACCCUGACUUUCAAUUAUACAUCCAGGAAGAUUUGCUUCCUCUCUGUUAGCUCCACUGAGCUACCGGAAGUGGCAGGUGUGCUCCACUGAGCUACCGGAAGUGGCAGGCGUGCUCUGUUAGAAGACCUUUUACAGGAGCCAGUGAGCAGUCAUGCCGCUGAAAGUAAACAAAGCAGCAAUGGUACGUAUUCACCAGUGGCAUAUGGAUACACAUUUACUGCCAAAUCUCUCGUGCAUUGCGAGCUGCAAGCCUAGAAUUCUCUGCGCAUGCGCUUUGUCAAUCACAAUUGGGAGACAGGGUUCAGAAUCAGAGUUUGUGUAAUGAGUUAGGAAAUAGUUCUAAAUGAGUUCUGAGCAACUAUGUUAUCAGCAACUGUUAAACGAUUACCAAAAACAAAAAAGCUUCACAUAAUGGUCGCAUAUAACAUUAGGCAAUAAAAACAAAGCAUCGCAUAAUGGUCACAUCUAAUGUCACAAAAUAAAGCUUCUAAUAAUGGUCGCACCCUACUUUUUACCAAAUAGAUUUGGCAUAAAAUCUGCGACUAUUAAGAGUUAAAAUAUGGUAUAUAGCAUGUUUUCAUUGGAGGUAUAUCUACUAAAUAGCAAUUAUUUUGUGUUGUCCUGAGGAAAGCUUUUUUGGGAGCUGAAACGUUGAAAUUUUAUUGGAUCAUGUAAUGGUGAGCCGCGAGUUAUGCUGAUGUUAUAGCAGAGUAGGCACCUGCUUUCCCCACAUUGUACGUGCCUACUCUGCUAAAACUUACCUGGCUGGGGAGGACGGCCAGCGAGGGAGCUUAGUGUUCCUGCUCUUAACUGCUCCGGCGCGCCGUCUGUAGUGAAGCCGGGUUCCGUAAUAUGACGUCAUAUUCCGGCACCCAGCAUCACUAAACCGUGAGUGGGAGCAGUGAGGAGCAAAUAGAAGGACCCCAGGGAGAUGCCCAAUAAAGUAAAGUAUGUGUGUCUGUCAGUCAGUGUGUGUGUCAGUGGAAGGAUCAGAUUUGGCACAGGGUGGUAGAGGGGGAGGCUGUUUCUUUCUUUCUUUUUUUUUUUUUAUACUGUACUUUUUAAAAUAAACCUAUGUUUCUAUGAAAAUGUAAGGUAUUAUUUUUUUUGUGGCCCACAUAAACUUAAACCUUGUUUAUAUGGCCCGUGCCAGACUUUGUUUGACAUGCUUGAUGUAAAUAAAAGCCACGUUUUAUAUUUUGUAAUAUUAAGUCCCGGAAGUGCGGCUUUUGCUUGUGUUUUUUUUGUAGUACAAUUUUUGCCAAACCUGCACCAGGCUUUAUUGGUUAUAACCAGGAGUGCAAGUUUUUGGAAUAUAUAUGUCCAGAGAAAUGCAUUUCUUUGGGACGUUGUAUUGGGGCACGAAAUAGCACCGAGGCAAGAACAGCACAGGAAUGUGAGUGCCAAGCACAUGUUGGAGAUAGAGAGAUAUAUAUUGUAGCGGAGAGCUGGUAUUCCACAGCCUAUCUCCACUUUAGAUCCCAGGCAGACUCAGGAACAAGCAAUUAUAAAUCCAUAGGGUAAAGUAUCCAGCAGGCAAAAUAACAGCGAUAUCCCAACAGCAAUUCCCAAUAACUGGACGACACACAGUUUCAGGAGCAUAACUAACUGUUUAUUCAGACCGUGGCCUUUUAAAGCCUGCUCCCAUGCAAGGGAGGGAUUUUCAUUCAUUAGUACAGUAGCCAAUCCUGCUCUGGUAACCUCCCACACCUCUCCUCCCCUCAGUCUGCAUCAUAAUCCCCUUAUCCAGGACACCAAUUCCCCCCGUUUCUGGAUGUACCCCUAAACUUAGGGGUACCACUUUAAAUCAUACAUCCCCUGGUAGCUCUGAUCUGGGUGAACAACAUAUCCAAAAAUCACCCAGAUCAGACCAGGGGUUCGGGAAAUUUAUGGAGGGAAUAAAAUGACCGACCGCACUGGGUGAAACAGCCGAAUGCUGUUCCAUGUGAAUGGGCCCUGCGGUCGGUCCUGGAAUCAGGGAAUAAAUGGCACGAAAACCUCUAGCUUUAGAGGCUAGGGAGGGUUCGCCUGAAUCCCCUCGUUCGGUUCUUUCUGUCUACCGAACGAGGGGCCGUUCGGUAGUUAGGAACCGAACGGACCAGGCUUGUGGAGGUUUCAGCGGUGUUCGCCUAGUCGAGUGUCCGAUUUGAGUUCCAGACACUCGACGGCAAAACACCGCUGUUCGGGAGUUUUAAAAUGGCCGCCGCCACGUGUUCGUUUGUCGAAUGGCGGCCACCCCCGAGAACAAAGGACGGCUACUUAACUUGUCAAUUACCCGUUCGCAACAAUGUUGCAACGGGUAAUUGAGAACACACUUCACACAGGGGAGGUCUGACUGUUCGGUAGUUUCAUUCGAACAAACUAAGGGAAUGAAACUACCUAACAUUCAGACGAAUACAAUACAUUACAUACAUAGAACUUGCUGUUUUUACGAAAGAACACAUUAAAAUACAUGAAAGUCUCAGCACAGCCCAGGGCCAUCCGCUACACAUACAUAAAUAUAUAUAUAUGUGUGUGUGUGUAUGUAUGUGUGUGUGUGUGUGUGUGUGUGUAUAUAUAUAAAUUUUUUUUUUUUUUUUUUUGAGGGGAAAAAGUAUUUGAUCCCCAGCUGAUUUUGAACGUUUGCCCACUGACAAAGAAAUGAACAGUCUAUAGUUUUAAUGGUAGGUGUAUUUUAACAGUGAGAGACAGAAUAAUAAUAAUAAAAAAAAAUCCAGAAAAAAAGCAUGUCAAAGUUCUAAAUUGAUUUGCAUGUCAUUGAGUGAAAUAAGUAUUUGACCCCUUCGACUUAGUACUUGGUGGCAAAACCCUUGUUGGCAAUCAGAGGUCCGAUGUUUCUAGUAGUUGGCCACCAGGUUUGCACACAUCUCAGGAGGGAUUUUGUCCCACUCCUCUUUACAGAUCCUAUCCAAGUCAUUAAGGUUUUAAAACUGACAUUUGGCAACUCGAACCUUCAGCUCCCUCCACAGAUUUUCUAUGUGAUUACGGUCUGGAGACUUGCUAGGCCACUCCAGGACCUUAAUGUGCUUCUUCUUCAGCCACUCCUUUGUUACCUUGGCUGUGUAUUUUGGGUCAUUGUCAUGCUGGAAUACCCAUCCACAACCCAUUUUCAAUGCCCUGGCUAAGGGAAGGAGGUUCUCACACAAGAUUUGACGGUACAUGGCCCUGUCCAUCGUCCCUUUAAUACAGUGCAGUUGUCCUGUCCCCUUAUCAGAAAAACACCUCCAAAGCAUAAUGUUUCCACCUCCUUGUUUGGCGGUGGGGAUGGUGUUCUCGGGGUGAUAGGCAGCAUUCCUCCUCCAAACAAAGAGUUGAGUUAAUGCCAAAGAGCUCGAUUUUGGUCUCUUCUGACCACAACACUUUCAAAAAGUUCACCUCUGAAUCAUUCAGAUGUUCAUUGGGAAACUUCAGAUGGGCCUGUACAUGUGCUUUCUUGAGCAGGGGGACCUUGCAGGUGCUGCAGGAUUUCAGUCCUUCACAGCGUGGUGUGUUAUCAAUUGUUUUCUCGGUGACUAUGGUCCCAGCUGCCUUGAGAUCAUUAACAAGAUCCUCCCAUGUAGUUCUGGGCUGAUUCCUCACCAUCUCAUGAUCAUUGAAACUCCACAAGGUGAGAUUUUACAUGGAGCACCAGACUGAGGGAGACUGUUAUUUUGUGUUUCUUCCAUUAGCGAAUACUGAAACCAGGUUGUCGCCUUUUCACCAAGCUGCUUGGUGAUGGUCUUGUAACCCAUUCUAGCCUUGUGUAGGUCUACAAUUUGGUCCCUGACAUACUUGGACAGCUCUUAGGUCUCGGCCAUGGUGGAAAAUUUGGAAUUUCAUUGAUUGUUUCUGUGGACAGGUGUCUUUUAUACAGGUAACGAGCUGAGAUUAGGAGCACUCCUAAUUGUUACCUUAUAAAAGAUACCUGGGAGCCAGAAAUCGUGCUGAUUGAAAGGGGAUCAAAUACUUUUCAUUCAUUGACAUGCAAAUCAAUUUAUAACUUUUGUGACAUGCAUUUUUCUGGAUUUUUUUUUUUUUAUUCUGUCUAUUGCUGUUAAAAUAUACCUACCAUUAAAUUAUAGACUGAUCAUUUCUUUGCCAGUGGACAAACGUUCAAAAUCAGCAGGGGAUCAAAUACUUUUUUCCCCUCUGCGUGUGUUUUUUUUUUUUAUUUUUUUUUUUUCAGUGGUGUGUUUUAUUAACAUUCUUUACAUUUAUAUCACUGGACAUGCCAGUGAUGUCAGAUUAUCAUGUAUACUUUCUGAAACCCUACCCUUGCAGCUGGCUGCACAGGAUGCCAGGACCAAGUCCUGUAAUGCUGGUCAUAGCUCAGUAGAGUAAAAAAAUGAAACUGUUUGAUUCUUUACACUUGGGGGUAGGGGAGCAGCACAACAGGAAACCUGUAGUGGUUAUGGUGCUUGGUGUGUUCCUUUUAAGGGAGAUGUGGAGAAGUCAUUAGACUCAUAUACUUGGUGUCAAAGACAUUCUGCAUUAUACUUUUAGUUUUUUUUAUGUACACCGUAUAGUCAGGUAAGAUUUUAAAGGUUUUUAUUGGUGGGGUGAAAUACAUAAGAGAUAACCACGAGUAGUUUGUAAACGGUGUAUAUACAUUUGAGUUCCAUUAGAGUAAAAGUUAAAUAGGUGCAUACCUAUUUCACAAUCUCUUCUGCCUCAGAUCUGCACCUGUCACAUGCAAUGCUUAGUACAUUUGGCUGCACAUCAUUAUAGAGUGGUGAGAUGCCUUAGCUGCCUAUGUAUUUUUAGUUAUAAAGUAAAGGCUCUUAGUUAUUUACGACACUGGGAAUUGAUAAGGGAAUUACAACUUUUAGGCCAAAAUAGCACAGCAGGAAAAUAGCUGAAUUUGAGAUUAAUCCCACCCCCAUUUGGAAUUUGUUAGUUCUUGAACAAUUUUUAUUGGUGAAUACCUUGCCUCUCCUGUUUAAAACAGACAUUUUAUUUGCAUAUUAAAAAAAAAGAAAAAAAAAACCUGUACAAUUGGAGGACGUAGUUGGGAGGAAGGGGAAAACUAUCUCUGCCCUGUAGGCACUCUGUCUGCAAUGAAGAUUAUCACGACUGUUGCCAGUGCCCCGUGCACACUGACCACAAAUGCAAAAUAUGCACGUAUAAAGGAGGUGCAACUAGCUCCCAGCAUGUAAUUAAAAAUAACUAAAGUAUGUGCAGUGCUCAUAUUGACUACUACCACCAUGACCACUGAAAAUCACUGGAGUGGUCAUGGUGGUUGGAGUAACCCUUUAAUCACUCUAUCAAAUCCAUGGUAAUAAACCGAUAUGCUAAACAAUACUUGAAGUAAAAAAUGGCACUUUAGUGGUCCUUUAUCUCUAUGAAGUGGCCUGGGUGCAGUGGUCCUGCCAUUUGAACUAUUCUAGGUUAACCCCUUAAGGACAGAGCCAAAUGUACACGUUUUGAACGAAACAAAAUGUAAACAAAACCUGGCAUUUGCGCUACAUGUCUGCCCAACCGUAAUUCACCUCUUUCAUAUUAAAUACACCCACCCUUAUUAUAUAUCAUUUUAUUCAGGGGAAACAGGGCUUUCAUUUAAUAUCAAAUAUUUAGCUAUGAAACAUAAUUUAUACUGAAAAAAUAGGAGAAAAUAAGAAUUUUGUUUAUUUUUUUUAGUUCUACAUGACAUUUUAACGGUCAAUGUCAUAAUACUGUUUGCUUUUACUGCAAUAAAAUACACAUAUUUGUAUUCAGCAUAGUCUCACGUGCAAGACAGUACCCCCUAUGUACAGGUUUUAUGGCUUUUUGGGAAGUUACAGGGUCAAAUAUAGCACGUUACAUUUGAAAUUGAAAUUCGCCAGAUUGGUUACGUUGCCUUUGGGACUUUAUAGUAGCCCAGGAAAGAAAUUUACACCCAUAAUGGCAUAUAAUUUGCAAUAGUAGACAACCCAAGGUAUUGCAAAUGCAGUAUGUCCCGUCUUUUUUAGUAGCCAUUUGGUCACAAACACUGGCCAAAGUUAGUGUUAGUAUUUGUGUGUGAAAAAUGCAAAAAAACGCCAAUUUUGGCCAGUGUUUAUGACUAAGUGGCUACUAAAAAAGACUGGACAUACCCCGUUUGCAAUACCUUGGGUUGUCUACUAUUGCAAAUGGUAUGCCAUCAUAGGGGUAAUUUUCAUUCUUGGGCUACCAUAGGGUCUCAAAGGCAACGUAACCAAUCUGGCGAAUUUUAAUGUGAAAAAAAUGAAACACAAGCCUUAUAUUUGACGCUGUAACUUUUGAAAACACCAUAAAACCUGUACAUGAGGGGUACUGUUGUACUCGGGAGACUUCGCUGAACACAAAUAUUUGUGUUUCAAAACAGUAAAAAGUAUCGCAGCAAUAAUAUCGUCCGUGUAAGUGCUGUUUGUGCGUGAAAAAUGCAAAAAAGUCACUUUUACUGGCAAUGUCAUCGUUGUAAUACAUUUUACUGUUUUGAAACACUAAUAUUUGUGUUCAGCAAAGUCCCCCGAGUAGAACAGUACCCACCAUGUACAGGUUUUAUGGUGUCUUGGAAAGUUAUAGGGUUACAUAUAGUGCUAGCAAAUUAAAUUCCCUUUACUUUUGGCAUGGGUUGUCAGGCAGGUCCCGCUAAUUGUAAUUAAUUAAGAUACCUAAUUAUGUAAAAAUAUUAUAUAAAUAUAUAUGUAGAAUUAAUACGUGUGUAUAUAUACACACACACACAUAUAUAUAUUCACAUACGUGUGUGUAUAUGUAUGUAUAUAUAUAUAUAUGUAUGUAUGUGAAUAUAUACGUAUGUGAAUAUAUAUAUAUAUGUGUGUGUGUGUGUGUGUGUGUGUAUGUGUACACAGGUCCCAUGCAGAAAGGCCAUUCUUAAAAAAAAAACUACAGCAGUGGUUAUGGUAUUUGAAGUGUUCCAUUAAUACAGUGCGCCACACCACAAUAUUUUUUAAAAUAUUUAUAUUUAUAUAUAUAUAUAUAUAUAUAUAUAUAUAUAUAUAUAUAUAUAUAUAUAUAUGUAUAUAUGUGUAUGUGUGUGUGUGUGUAUAUAUAUAUGUGUAUAUAUGUAUGUGUAUAUAUAUAUUUUAAUAUCACAAUACAGUUGGAACUAAAUAACACACAUCUAUAUAUUUUUUUAAUUUUUAAUUUUUUUUUAACGUAUUUACAGAUUUAAUUUUUUAUAUUAUAUAUAAAUAUAUAACAAUAUAUAUAUAUAUAUUUAAUCAGUAUCAGUCUACGUAAUUUGAUAUUAAUAUAUAUAAUUAUAUAUAUAUAUAUAUAUAUAUAUAUUAAUAGUAAAAUACACCUAGACAGUAUGUGUGUAUGUGUAUAUACAUACUUAGAUUAUAUAUAUAUAUAUAUAUAUAUAUAUAUAUAUAUGAUCCAAGUAUAUAAUAUAUUUUUUUUUACACUUAUUUAACUUUUAUUAAUUUAAUUUAAUUUGAUUUCCAGCCAGCAGGGGGACCACCUGUCAUUACAGGCAGCCCCCCUGCUGGCAAUGCAGGAGGCAGCUAACCCGGCCAUGUGAUUGUGAGGUCCUCGCAAGGACCUCACUCUCACAUGGCCGGGGGGGCUUCCAGGGGGUCGGACGUGCCGCGGGGUGCUCCCUGGGAGUCCCCCCAACCGUGAUCGCCGGCGUGGGAUCGCCGGCGACCGGGUAAGUAUAGAAAGACUUACAGAGCCGCCUAAAAUAGGGCGUAAUAGUACACCGUCCGGUCUUAAGGGGUUAAAGAUUGCUGCUUUCCAGAAAUGGCAAUGUUUACUUUGAAGUGUUAAACAGACUUCCAUUAACUGUACUCCAGUGUGUGUGUGACGGAUACACAGACACACAGGUGCAUACACUGACACACAUACAGACAAACACACGGACAUGUGCAGAGACACUCAAUAUAAAUCAUACAGAUACAUACAUGUGCACGAAUGCUGAUACACACACACACACAGACACUUCUACAGAUACAAAUACACAUACACACAGACACAUGCAGAGAAACAGAAACACAUACAGAUUCAUAGACACACAUACACCUACAGACACGCAUGUAGACACAAAUAGAUAUACAAAUAGAUAUACAGUCACACAGAUAUACAGAAAAAGAUAUUCAGAAACACACACACACACACACACACAUGCAAACUGUGAAAAAAAAAAUGUAGUCUCCCUCCUGUUUCCUACAUUCUAGUUGCAGGAGGGUGACUUCUGUGGAGUCCAGUGGCUGCCUCAGGCUGAUGGGAGUCAGCACUCUGACUCUCUCCUCUCCUCCUGUGCGCCUGUGUUAGCUGGGAGGAAGUGAUGACUUACUCCCAGCUCUGACACAAGCACUGGGCGCUCUUAAAGCAGCGCUGACCGGGCCCCGAGAAAUACAUUAUCGGGUGGUCGCCUUCAAUGCACGGCCGGGGCCACACCACAAUGCCUACGGGCACACCUGCGACCGCGGUAGUUCCGCCACUGCCUACUUAAGAUACAAAACUAGCAGUUGAGAAGAGGUGAGGAGUUGUCCCCAUCAGGUCCCAUGCAGAAAGUCAGGCCAUUCUAAAAAAAAACUACAGCAGUGGUUAUGGUAUUUGAAGUGUUCCAUUAAUACAAUGCUAGACACUAAAAAAAUAAUGGAUAUUGUGGUCAGAAAUAACUCUAACUCUCUGCACUGAAUAUAACUUCGACUAAUACAACGUCCACCUUGUGAUAUGCAUUGUUCUAAUCUUUUGUCUCUGCAACUAUUUUCUAUUUGUCAUUUUUAUUUGCAUUUUUUUUGUUAUUGUAUCUAUCAAAUACAGAGUCAUUUGAUUUAUUUGCUUUACACUAGCUGUUGGGAGUCUUUGUUUGACAGUGAAUAUUCCUCUAUACAUUAGAAUUAUAGAUAGAAUUUGAGAGUUGGCAGUUUGCCAAGUAUGAGAGCAGCACAUAACCAGGAUCCUUUUAAGUCUUGGUGAUUUUACUGUUAAUUUUCAUUUUGUUUUCUAAGAUUCUGGAAGUAGACGCAUCCAUAAAUGUGUACAUACAAAAUACUGUCAAAUGUAAAUGUUUCCGCCCUUGCCGGGUAACUGUUAGCGUGACACGAAGGAAACCUGGCCCUCAGCCUCACCCUCAUCUAUUUUAGUAGUCCACCUUUCAUAUUCUGUCUACCUAAACUAGUGAUCAUUCCCUCCCCCACCGAUGUCACUUGCGCGAUUAGCGCAUUGACAGAAGGCCGAGGUUUUUUUUAUAUUUUAUUUUUUUGUGGAGGAUAUGUCAUAAGAUGUGCAUUUUACAUCAGCAAUCCAAAGCAUUGUGUAAGCUAGAAGACCGCACUUUUUUUUUUCUUUUUUUUUUUCUGUAGGAUAAAUGA